UGUGCUGUCAGUCGGGUGACAGCUGCUGGCCCACUGACAGCUUGCUGAGCUGUCAAACUGCGAGCAUCGCUUUGUUUACGUUUUAUUCAUCAACAAAACAAGCACGCAGCAUCAAAAAUGGCACGUAAUGCGGAAAAAGCGAUGACAACACUGGCUCGAUGGCGGGCGGCAAAAGAAACCGAAACGGGAAAACAGGAACGCCGUCCGUACCUCGCUUCCGAAUGUCGCGAUCUGGGACAGUGCGAAAAGUGGCGCCAGGAAAUCAUUCGAGAAAUAUCGAAAAAAGUAGCACAAAUUCAAAACGCCGGUUUGGGUGAGUUCCGUAUACGUGAUUUAAACGAUGAAAUUAACAAACUGCUGCGGGAGAAACGACACUGGGAGAAUCAAAUAUCGGAUCUGGGCGGACCACACUACCGGCGCUAUGGUCCGCGGAUGUUCGAUGCAGAGGGCCGAGAAGUGCCCGGCAAUCGGGGAUACAAGUAUUUCGGCGCCGCGAAAGAUCUUCCCGGAGUGCGUGAGCUGUUCGAGCAGGAACCACCACCACCACCGAAGAAAACUCGUGCCGAGUUGAUGAAAGACAUCGAUGCCGAUUACUACGGCUAUCGGGACGACGAUGACGGUAUCCUGCUACCGCUGGAAGAAAAGGCAGAAAAGCAAGCGAUACAGCGUGCCGUGGAGGAGUGGAACAGUGCGAAAGGUACCCAACAGUCGACGGAGAAGGAUGACGACGAACCGGACAUUUAUGGGUCGGAUGCGUACAUUACCCGCGAUCCGGAAAAGCAAACAAAGGAAGACCCGAUGGGAUUGCUUGGGCCACGGUUUACAGCGCACGUUCCGGUCCCCAGUCAAAAGGACAUUGAAGCUGCCUUGUUGAAGAAGCGAAAACAAGAGCUGAUGAAAAAGUACGGCAUAGAGGAUGAUGAAUAAAGAUCACACACACGCAUGGGAA